ACUACCUUUCAUCUGAUGCUUUCUUGCUUUUCUUGUCCUCUGCUAGUAUCAGUCUUUUUUGUCCUCCUUUGCUCAAUUAUUUUUUGACAAAUACUCCUACUCCUAUUACAGAAAGAGGAAAAGCCCAUUUCUUCUUGCUGUUUCUUGGUUUGGUUUAAUGGCGAAGAUUACAGGACGGUUGAAGCCAGUUUUCAGUAAUGAUGGAGUGACAAUGAGGUUUGUGUCCAACGUGGGAAAUGGUGGGGGAUUGAGAUUCAGUGAUGCAUUAUUCUCAGUUCCUAUUCAACUUCAGAAGAGGAAGCUCAGCAGCUCUGCAGGUGCUUGUAAUGGUAGCAGAAAAAUGCAUGCGUCACCAUCAUCAUCAGCGUCGUCUUCUUCUUCUUCUAUGGACAAAUCAAAGCAAUUAAGUGACUCAAAAAUGAGGAAAGAUGAGAUUUUUGAUGAGAUUAUGGAUGAAUUUGAAUCUGAAAAGGAUGAUUUGGCUUGUUUCAGAGGCUUGGUCUUGGAUAUAGCAUACAGGCCUGUCAAUGUUGUGUGUUGGAAGCGUGCCAUUUGUUUGGAGUUCAUGGAGAAGGCUGAUGUUUUGGAGUAUUAUGAUCAAACUGUCAAUUCUCCAAGUGGCUCUUUUAAUAUACCUGCAGUGUUAAGGGUCCCUCACCUGCUGCAGGUAGUAAAACGGAGAAGAGUAAAGAGAAACCUUAGUCGUAAAAAUAUAUUUUAUCGUGACAAUUUCACAUGCCAGUAUUGUUCUUCCGAUGAGUACUUGACCAUUGACCAUGUCGUGCCAAUUGCUAGAGGGGGAGAAUGGACAUGGGAAAAUCUGGUUACUGCCUGUGCCAAAUGCAACUCAAGAAAGGGUCAAAAGAUGCCAGAAGAAGCAAAUAUGAAACUUAUGAAGGUCCCCAAGGCACCGAAGGAAUUUGACAUACUUGCAAUACCUCUGACAGCCUCAGCUGUGAAGAUGCUUAGAUCAAGAAAGGGAAUGCCAGAAGAAUGGCGAGACUACUUGUCAGUGCCAUCUUCAGCACCGUGAUUGAUCCUUCUGUUUCUGCGUUCUCUGCUUCACGCUUACUGUCCUUCGUGGAGUAAAUUAAACUAUCCUUGAAGAUGUAAUUAUCCAAUCUGACUCUUCUAAUGUCCUAGUUAUGUAAUUCCUGUAUAGAAAUAUUUAGCUUAGCGCCAAUUGUUCCUGAAGCUGCUUUGUCAUUUAACUCUGUAUUAAAAAUAGCAAAUCCGUUCUAAUCUAAUUGCUUAUCUCAUGGAUUCUGUUA